AUGCCCACCCUAGAUUGCCUACCCGUGGAAGUCCAACGGCUUAUUUGCCUGUUUGUCGUCGAUUACUCAUGGCAUGAUUUGGCCGCUCUAAGUCGGACAUGCCAAGAUUGGCAUGAUCUUGCAGCUACAGAACUUUACAGGUAUCUUCGCAUUGCAUUCUGCGACCGCACACAGCUUCUCAAUGCCAUUUCUGAGCUUCACACAGAUGGCCUCGGUCGUCAGUACUUACGGUAUGCGCGAACCCUUGAACUUGUCUGUCUCAAGAAGCCAGGGCUUGAGACCAAAACAGCCAAGCAGCUUUGGCAGCAAAAGAAUUGGGCAAAUGAAUUCGUUAUCUUUAAUCCUUUGCCCUCUACAGACACACUUCUUCAGGACUCAUUAUUCCAGAUUUGUGACUCUUCACUCUUUUUCCUUACCUCAACCCUUGCUUAUUAUAGGCAAGACGACUGGGAGCCAAUAUUGAGCCUCCUUUCGCGAUUACAGCAUCUUCAGCUACUGAGCUACGCCGUGCGCAAUAUGUUUCCUACUUGCCUUCUCCAGGCCCUUCAACGGUCACACCCAGCCUGCCGAUUGAAUGUCUGGACUCCCCAGUCUCCAACCCUUGAUCUACCUGGUCUAGGACGUUCCCACCGUUGCGUUGGUAAGGAGUUUAAACAGCCUUUUGACCUUGACAUUCUGCGUUCUCCCGCACUUCAUACCCUCAACGCAGUCUAUACGGUGAACCGGGACCCACAUCAGGGGUGGAUACAUAUCGACGAACCUCUUUCCUUCGUCUUUAUGGCCCCAAAUCUUAAGCAUUUGCUCCUUGAUGAUAUGCACGGCCGGCAUGAUAACCCAAUUAGGAAGGUUAAAAAGGAGUGGCAGGAGUUUACUUCUAAGGUGAAGCCUUCUUCUCCUGUCGUGUGCAUAGAUUCCUUGACGUUCAUCAACGGCGACCCUCAACAACCACAUGAGAGCAUCCUUUUCAAUAUCUCAACAAUGAUCGAUCUGUCUAGACUGCGAUCCCUUGAUCUGGGAGUCCAUUCCGAACCGGCUAUGUUAGGUAAAGUGGCCUCGAUCUUGGUUCAUUUGGAACGUCUGUACGUCGGUAUGGUUCCCUGGAAUAAGCCACGCACGUCCUAUACGGAAGAUAAUUCAGUAGAUGCCGCAUCGGACAAUGAAGAAAUGAUUUCUGCGGUGCAAACAUUCAGGUCGCUACGAUUUUUGUGUCUGCGGGGAUUAUGGAACUUUUCCUCUUUAGACCGCAUUCUCUCUUACCAUCACAACUUGGAGGGCCUGAGCCUUGAAACUUCUGAGGAGCAGAGACGAACACCUCACGAUGGACCCAAAUACCCUAUCUCCAACGGCGAACACAUUCGGUCAAUAGCCAGGUUAUGCCCGCGACUCCAAGAGCUUCGCAUGCCACUACAACGUUCUCGGGGUAGUGCUCAGGAGUGCGAGAUCUACAAGGCUCUCGGGCAGCUUUUGCGCAUUCAUACCGUUCACCUCGAUCUUGACUGCGACCCUCGGCGUACACCACGUGAGGACGAAGUACCGAGUCCUUCCAGCCUCCGCGAAAUUCUGAUCAAUUCCGCUGUUGACGAAAGUCUCGUCACCGAGAUUUUUAAUCUUGUCUUCUUUCAUCAGGAGACACGCAAGAUCAAAUACAUUCGCGUGAAUCUUGUGGGAGCGGACCUUUUCAGACGAGAACUGGAACAUGUUAUUCGGCAGCUCGGGAGAUCAUUUCUUGUCACCCGAAAAGACUUCUAUCUCAAUGAGGAGGUGCUGGUGGACGUCAAAGAAAUCGGUCGAGUCGCAUGGCAAUUGUGGCGCGAGGACGAGAUUGGCUAUUCCGGACCCAUACAGAUCCCCAGAGAAGUCAAGGAGGUCCUGGAAGAGUUAUGGCCGCUGCAAUCGGAUAGGAAUCGGAGUAAGAAGUGGAAGGAGUUCCCAUUGCUAGUCCGAAGCUUUCCCUUAGCGACUAUGUAA